CACGUCUGCCCUUUGUGCCAACACGGAAGUUGUUGGAUCGGAUGCGUUGCAUUGGCGUUUACUGUCACAAUCACUUGUACUGAAAUCACAGCAUUGUUCUUUUAUCUUAUUUUACCAUCUCUUCUCUUCUCCGAAAACACGAUGCGUUUAACAGCACUCUGUGUUCUCUUGAUCUGCUUGUCUUUGGUGGCCAGUGCUCCAGUGGAAAACCAAGAUCCAGAAGACCGAGCUCUAACAAGUAGUCAAGAAAAUCUGCUCCAUAAGGAACCCCCCACCCCAGAAGCAGAUAAGGUUGAACAAAAAAAUCUAAAUGAGCCGCAGAAGGACACAAAACGUGGCACAGAUGAACCAUCAAAUACUCUGGUUGAUAGUAAUAAAGAUCAAGUGAAGACCAGCGUUCCACCGGAAAAUACCAGCGAUGAUACAGGGAAAUCUCUGAAAGGAAAUGAUGAACCACAGCAGACCUCACCAAUGCAAUCUGCUGUUGAUGUACAGAAGCUGAUGACACCUAAAAAUCCUCUAGACAGUGAUCCUAAGGAAAACACAACCGUUCAGGUUAAUAAAGCGGCCGGUGAGGAGGCUAAAACGACGGAUCAAGUGAAAAAAACGUCCAGUGAGGAGGCUAAAACAACCGCUCAGGUUAAUAAGGCGCCUGAUGAGGAGGCUAAGACCACUGUUAAGGUUGAUAAAGUGGCCAGUGAGGAAACGACAAUCAUUCAGGUUGGUGAAAACACCAAGGCGGUCACUAAAGAUAAGAUGGCCGGUGAGAAUGUUAAGACAACCGAGCAGGAUGAUAAGAAGGCUGAUAAGAAUGUCGAUCAGGAUGAUAGGACAACUGAUUAUGAAGGCGAUCAAGAUGAGAAUAAAGAAUCCACAGAAGAGAAAACCACUCCAUCAUUUGACGGUGGGGAGAAUAUUGAUGACGAUGGUGAUGAUUUUGCUCAGAAUUUACUGGAGUCUGAUAAUAAUGCGCCCGACCGCAAAGAUGUGAAUAAGUCUGGGAGCAAACAGAGGAACGGGAAUGACAAUCGUCAGAUAGAGGACAGUCCAGAGAACAGCCAUUUCUUCGCCUAUCUCGUGUGUGCUGUUAUAGUGGUGGCCGGGCUCUACAUAGCAAAUCACAACAAGCGCAAGAUCCUUGCCUUUUUUCUUGAGGGCCGGAGAUCAAGAGGAUACCGGAGACCAAAAACAUCUGAUUACCAAAAACUUGAACAGCAUUGAGAAAGUCCAGUCAGAUGAAGCUUGAUGGAUGAAUCGAAAUAACUGUGACCUUUAUCUUGAAACUCUCCGUCUUGGGGCAGUCAUUACCACUCUUAAACACUGUACAGUGUACACCAUUUAUCAGUAACUCGCAUAAAAAAAAUGAUAUUAAUAAUCAUAACUGUUCAUAACAUGUCACAGCAGGCAGGUAUGUUGGAAAAAAGCUUUCAUGAUUUUCAUUCACGUUUGAAGCAUACAAAUACAAAAAUGAAGUUCUCCAUAUGUUGUGUUCGGUUAAAUUAACAGCCUGUUGUAGUUUAGCAGUCAGUUUCUUGUUGAGAGUUUCCCUUUGUUUUCUGUUUUUCCUUUAACUCCGAUCUAUUACUAGACUAACAGGGAAGGAAACAAUAUGUAUAUUUUUAAACGAAAGAAUGUAUUCGCUGCUUUUUUCAUGAAUGUGAAAGUUGUUUUAUGGGAAUGAAUGAGCUUUUGAGGGGGCGAUUGUUGUUUUAGUAUAGUUGCUCAGAGGGUUUUGUUUUUGCCUUAACUAUAAUAUGAGCUCAUAAAGAUGUUAAUGAUUAAAGCACUUUCUUUACCUAUGUGAAAUAGGACGUGAGCUGUUGGUUUCUUUCAGGCUUUUGAUGUAUUGUUAUUUCAUCAAACAUAAUUUGUUGUCUAUAUAUGCUAGUACGAGCUCAAUAAUAGGGAUUUUCCCAUACAUAUCAUUUUUUGCACGUGUCAGAAAGACAUUGAAAGACCCAAUUACUUUUUGGUAAACGUUAAGUUUCCUGCACAUCCUUAUUGUUAAACUCCGCUUUGUUUGGUCCCAUACACACACAGUAACUGUUAUUCAUGCACAUACAAUGUCCAGUUUUGCUGUGAGGUGUUUGUAUCUGUUAACACUAUUUUAAUUUGUCCGUUAGUAGUUUGGUUGUGAUUUUCUAAAUGGACUGUACUCGCAUGCCUAAAAAUUAGAUUUUUACAAACAGCUUUCAGUCAAGGCGCUUAGCUCAGAAUAGAUUUGUUUCUAAGUAGUCAUGAGCUUAAUGUUGAAAUAAGCCGUCCAUGUGUGCUGAUUAUUCUGGUGUAGAAUUCACUCCUAUGUACAGUAGAUGAAGAAACAACCUUCUUAGAGGCACAUCAGCUUCUUUGUCCUGUGAUUUAUUUUUCUUUCAGGUCUGGCAAAUUUUAAGCCUGUAUUGUUUUACAAUAUAAUUUAUGGGUUGUUUAAAGGAAUAGCUGAGCUGAUGAUGUCAUGUCAAACAAAAAAGCAGUUAAAAAACAUAUAUUUCAAUUAGGUUUUGCUGUGGUAUAAUUAUCCAUGCUUGGUUCAUUAAAAAAGAAAAACAUAAUUCCUGUGCCAAAUUUAGACAGACAUGAGGAAAUUUGUGAUGGUUUUAAAAUACAGUUAGACACUCAUACAGACCCUUAAUACUCAAAAUAAAAAUGUAUUUAUUAUUCUGUGCCAUGUCGUAAACUGUCACACUCUUGUCGUGUCCAUUGCAUGUAUCAGCCCAGCCUCGUAAGACUGUAAUAACCAGUGGCUUUGCCCAAUGAUUUUUCUUGAGACACUAUUUUGAAUUAUUAUGUGGGUGAAAAUGAUGUGAUGGGGUUCUACUGUGGUCCGUGUUUUACCACAAUUACAAUGUUUUCACACGUGAUAUUCUUUCUAAAAUAAAGAGAAAUGGAAUAAGGUUUCAUUUUC